GUUCCCGAGCCAGUUCUUGCUUCUCCGCCGUCGCGUCCGUCAGACGACACGUCCGUCCGACAUCUGACGACCGCCGCACAGAUUUCACUGACGUACCGUUUGGUCGUCCGUUGCAUUAUUAUUAUUAUUAUUAUUAGUAGUAACUUUUGAUUUUGGUAUUUAUUUUUUCGGAUAAUUAUUAUUAUUGUGUAAAUUCGCUCGUUGCGUCUUUUUUAUUUUUUUUAGUGCUGUUUUUUUUUUUGUUUUUGUUAUUAUUUUAUACUAACUCUUACAGAUUACAUUGUAUCUGCCGAAAUCGUCGUCAAAAGUGUUAUCCUAAUAUAUAUCACACCGUCCCGCGGAUAAAACGAUUUAUCAUUAUGAAUCUGUUCCGGUGGUGUACGUGCCGCCGACCCGCUCUUUACGCACCUUACCGGCGCGGCUGACAGUGACACUCGUGAACCCCACACUCACGGACGAGACAGUCGAUUUUCUUUGCUGAUAAACAAUUUUUUUUUGCGAUUUUUUUUCGUCUCCGUCUUUGAAAGCAUAUUUGUGUCACCACAGUGACUCUGCCCGUGACCCAGCCACCACGUCAAAAUGCCGAAGAUUUUCCUCAUCAAAAACCGAUUGCACCAGCAGCAACAGAAACUGCUGGAAAACCAAAAGGGGAACGCGCACGUUUCCUCCGACCCGCUGGUACAGUCGCUGCAAAACUAUCAUAACGACCACAAUCACCAUGACCGGUUACCGUCACCACCGCCGCCGUUCAUAAAGCACCACUAUCAGCACCAUCACCAGCCUGCGCCGCCACCGCCGCCACCUGUACCGAUAAGGCAUCAUUUGCCGCCUCCACCACCGCCACCACCGCCGCCGAAGCAGCAGCCGCAGUCCAAAGUUGUCCAAGAGUCGCCGGUGUCAAAAACGCCUCAAGAGAAAAAUGUCGCCAAGAAAGAUCUACUGCAGGACGAUGAUGAAGAGGUCGACCGGGUUAAAGGUUUGGAGCGAGAAUCACGAAAUAGAGCAGAGUCUCCAAACCACCGAGUUAGUCCGACGGUGUCUAUUGAGGCUCCUACGCCGAUAAUAUGUCCGCCGUCACCUGACUGGAACCCACCGCCAAAAAGGCGAUUCAUAUCCACGUCAGAUGGCGAUAAUAUACCAUACGGUAGUAAAGAUAGCUUGCAGGUAACUCAUCGGCAAUGUGAACCACCCUCUAUCAAAGUCGAAGAGGAAGCUGUGACUAGCCCGGAGGUUGAACCAAAGUUGCCACCACCACCACCACCACCACCAGCAGUACCAGUAGCACCAAAAUGUCACCAGGUGUCCGUCAUACAAAGAACACCAGCAGCCGUCAAAUCACCACCCGUUUGUCCAAAAAGACCAUUAACACAGUCUCCAAGCACUGUCGUGGAACCCGAACAAGACGCACCUAUCGAUUAUCAUGUGCCCAAAAAGGAAGCAGAUUUGGACUUGGACAUUGUUCGAGCCAUCAAGAAUAAAUUCACUAUUACGUUACGAGGACAGUUGGUUUCAGCACCAAAUGGUAUUAUCACUGCCGCUGCAGGCCGUGGAAGGAGCAGUGGUGGUCAACAAGGGGGAGGCGGUGGAGGAGGUACAAACGGUGGCAGUACCAACUCUAGUUCAAACCGCGGCUCGUCAUUGCAUUCGUACACACUUGGUGGCGGCGGAGGUGGUGGUCCCACUGGCCUCUUGGGCAGUGGCGGCGGGGGAGGUGGCAUGGCCCCAGGUGGUGGCGGCAUGAACCCUGGCGGCAACGGCAAGCAUUUCGGUGGACCAAAUAGUCCUGUGUCGCUGCCGCCCUUCCACGAGAGCCUUAUAAAAUCGGGCGGAAAUUGCUAUUCCGCCCAAUACAACAAUCAAUAUCAUUUGAUGAUGACCGAUCAAUUAUGUUUCAAUAACAACGACACGGGUCAAAAUCCUGUGGCUGGUGGUGGUGGUCCUUUCUCCAUUGGAUUGGAAGGUCCACCGAAACAAUAUUCAAUGUUACAAAAUGCCUCUUCGCUAGGCAUAGACAUUAAAGAGGACGAUUGUGAAGAUCUAUCAAGCUACGUAAAGGAAACUAACGGUUUCGACACGUUGAUGGCUGAUUCUGAAAAUGGCACAUCCAACGAUCCUUUGCAGUUCACUGCUACUCUUACUUUCGCGGGUCCCACGGACCCCGACUUCUUGGACAGCCUUAACGACGCCGCUGAAUUGUUCUUCAAAGAGCCCCAAGAGUGCAUUCCUCCUUCACUCGUCGAACAACCUCUACAUAUGUUCAAUGAACAUAGAAACGGGUUUCCUGAAUCACAACCAGAGAAGCGCAAUUAUCUACAGCAGGUGAACAACAACAAUAACGGACAGCCAGUAGCAUGCAGAAAUAACUAUGGAAGUUAUGAUAUAUCAAAAGACAGAUUAUCACAAAGCAGUUUCGAAGACUCCAACCAACAACUGCAACAGUUACAAAUACAAGUGCAAUUACAACAACCACAAAACGUAGACGCUUGUGGACAGAUGAUGUUGUCACCGGGUUUAUCGUCGCUAGAGAUGGACUCAAACACCAGCAUGUCGGCUCCGUCACCUGCUAGCGUUAGUAUGGAUGGUACUAUGUCUUCACUAACGCCACCGCCUCAAAAUGGCAAAGAUUCCAGUAACUCCGCUUUGGAUGUCAGAGUACUGCAACAUAGGGUGAGAAAGACCACCCCACCUGUAGGGAAACCAAAAUAUUCUUCUUUCUCCAGUAAAUCGAUGGCAAAACUCGGACUUCCUAAUGACUUGCCAUUCGAGUUUGUCAACGGUGGCCAUGGCAUCAAGAAUCCAUUAGCCAAUCACGAUACUCUACCACCACCGCCGCCAUCAAUGCUAAUUAGAACACCAGAACCAGAGAGGAGCAAUACUUUAGUAGCUCCUGCAACAAUCGUAUCAGUAAAUUCUACUCCAGAACCAGUCGAAACAUCCAAAAACGGUUCAAAGUUCUGUUGCAACCUGUGUUCCAAGACGUUCAACCUACAACGUUUGUUAAACAGACACAUGAAAUGUCACAGUGACGUCAAACGAUACCUAUGUACGUUUUGCGGAAAGGGUUUCAAUGACACGUUUGACUUGAAACGACACACUAGAACACACACUGGUGUCCGGCCUUACAAGUGCAAUCUCUGUGAGAAAUCGUUCACCCAACGUUGUUCACUCGAAUCUCACUGCUUGAAAGUGCACGGCGUACAUCAUCAGUAUGCUUACAAAGAGAGAAGAACAAAGAUGUACGUUUGCGAAGAAUGUGGACACACCACCAAUGAACCAGAAGUGCACUACAUUCAUCUCAAAGAGAAACACCCGUACAGUCCGGCGCUGCUCAAGUUCUAUGACAAGAGACACUUCAAGUUCACAAACUCCAACUUUGCCAACAUGUUGCUUCAAGUACGCACCUAAUAUUGGGCUGAUUGCAAUCAUAUUGCUAGACUGACCAAAAUGUUAAUCUAUUUUAACAAAUAUUUUUAAGUACUUACACUACGUAGAACUUAAUUUUUUUUUUAAUAACAAUUUAUGCUGUAUCAUUGUCGUUUGAUUUUCUAAAAAAAAGGUUAUAGGAAAUAAUUUUGAGUAGAAAAUACGACAAAAUAUCCCCGCUUAAAUAUCUCUUACAGUUUUGUAACGUCUCAAUAUUGAAAAAUCUUUUUGUAUACAAUUUAAAACCCAUUUUACCGAUUUGACUCUUUAUAGUAUUUUAAGUUUUGAAGUAGGCCUUUUAGUUAUUAUUAUAGUUGGCCAAUAACGUAUGUGUGGUUCUUAGCAUAGAAAUCUUUGAAAGUCCGCACUAAUUUUAUGUCAAGGUCUCUGUACUUUUUUCGAUUUUAACUCUCCUUGAUGGAUAUGGGUUUUUGUUGAUAAAUCUAUGAACAUUUAUUAAAUGUAUUUAAGUUAAAAUACAAAUUGAAUAAUAAUAACAGUAGUAGAAGUACUUCUUGUACAACUAAUACUGUUCUUUAUUAUACAAUAAUAACAUAUUUUAUAACAAUUCAAAUCCGUAUUAAAUUAUAUUAUUAUUUUUAAGUUAUACCCUUAUAAAUAUAAAGAUAAAGAUAAAUGUUUGUAGAAACAUUUUAGUUAUCUUUAACACCAAAUCCACAAGACUGUUAUAAUCGAAUACUAGGUAUUGUAACAGUAGACACUGAGAUAGGUACUUGUUAGUACUCACUUUUAAAACACCCAAUCUAAUCUUUAAUAUUUUAUAUUUUUCCUGAAAAAAUUGUUUUGAUUUAUGAACAAAAGAAGAAAAAUAUUGGCCUAAAAAUUAGCCGGACUAAAUUUUUUAUGUGAAUUAUAUUGGUCGAUAUAGACGUAAUUUCUUCGAUCUUCGAAUAGCAUUAAAAAUUAUUUCUGUAGCAAGAAAUAGAACAUCUAAUAGUUAAUUGUUCGGCGUAUUUCAAUCAUACAUGUGGGAGAAUUAAAUUGUAUUUGAAAGAUUUGUUCUUAAAUUUAAUCCGUACCAAUUUAUAUAAAACAAUUAAAUUAAUUUCAAAAACAUUUUAAAAUUAAUCGUAGAGGUUUUUAAGCGAGUUCUAUAAAUAAUAAAAAUUAAUAAUUAAUGGUCGUUGCAUAAUCACUUCGCAUUAACAAUUGUAUGCUUUGCGGUAUUUUUAAGCAGUGCAAAACACGUAGACAGUAGUGUAAUUAUCAGAAAAAUGACUAACCAACUAUUCAUUAUCUCAUAAAAUUGUAUAACAUAAGUGCAUGGGCGGAUAUUCGGUUACAUCGUGGAUGGCUUGAUAUGUAUAAUUAACAUGGAACCAUUGAUAAGCUUCAAUUCAUUGGACUUUAUGAGUGGAAUUAAUAAAUUCUAGUGGGCAUAGCCCUCGUCCCCACAUGCUUCCCAAUAUCCGCCGAUUAUAAGGUGAUGGUGAUUUGGUGGUUUAGAUGUACAUGAUCUACUGUGGUUGAAAUAUAAACUUACGAACCCAAUUCCAUAUAUCUAUGGACAAGAAUUCAUAGAUUAAAUAGUUAUUUUCUCAAAAUAAAAUGAAUAUGAUUUCAGCAUCAUUAAGGAUUAUUCCUAUCAGUCAGUCACAGUCGUAAACCAUACCUUUUAUAAUGACUCUACAAAGUUGUUUUGCCUACUCUUAUUAUGAAAAACAAUAACGUAAAAACGCAAAAACUUGUCUAUGUUAGACGUAUGGUUGGGUACCCAAAAUGUCCGAUAAAUUCAAACAAAUUUAAUCACUAGUUCUAUGCUGGUCUGGAUCUAAAAGUCGUAUCUGUAUAUGAUAUAAUGUGUAUAAUUAGUGGUAUAUUUGGUGUAUAAUUCAUGUGUAAUUAGAAAUGUAUGGUUAUUAACAAGACCCAUUAGGUAUUUAUUGUACAUCUAAUAUAUGGCACGUACAAAGGGGGCAAAGCGGCCCCUUAGCCUGUUCUGGAUCCACGCCUGUUUCUAUCCAAUUUCAUCUAAUUUAUUUCUUCACAUAGCUGAAACGUUCAACAAAGUACACGUACCUACCUUAUAUAUCUAUAAAAACGAAUGCAAAAUAUAUUUGUAUUUUAAUAACAUUAUUUUCUUUCUAAAUAACGUUUGUUUUUUUUGCUACAAAAUUUUAAAAAUAGCGUGUAGUUACCGAUUGUAGCAUUGUUGUAUUUAUAUUAGUGCCCUCACAUAUACAUAUCAUCCGGAAACUUUUUGGUUAGGCCUUAAUCUACUCCCCUGCCGAUCUUAUUCUAGUACCGAUCAAUCAUUACGGAAAAUGGGUCAACUCGUAAAAUAGACUAUCAAUUAAAUAUUUAAAUGGUUUGGUUUACGCACUGUGGUAUUCAUCAUUAUUUUUCUCGUCCCCACCAACUAUAUUUAACUAAAGUAGUGAUACACUCAUACUCUCUUGCAUGAAAAUAUUAUCACAUAUUAUUCAAUAAUACCUAAUAUUAUAAGUUUGUAUGAUAUUACAGUGACAUCUUCUUGAUGUAAAAGUAUCGGUCAGGUCAGGUAAAUCUGUCCACCGAGCUUUAGGAUCUUCACGCAAAAAUUCAACUCACCCCAUUUAAACUAUUACACAAAAUUGCACAUACGUCUGAUUAUAAAUUACAUAGUUUUGCAUUUGAAAAACGUCAUUAUGAUCAAACUGAUUUUCACUUAUUAUACAGUUAUACCAAUUAUGUCCUCUGACAAAAUAAAAUGUCCUUUAAAGCCCAUGAAACGUAUAUUGAAAAAUGUAAAUCCAUGAAAACAUUUAGUACUUAGGCUACUAAAACUAUAGUAGGUAACUACAACAUACAUCAUUAUAUUACACUAAAAUAUUCAAUUUAAGUUCUAAGUAAUUUCCGUGUUACAUUCUGAGUAUUAUAUUUUACGCGUCCCACUAAGACAUUUUCGGUGGUAAUAUUGUCGGUUCGAUCAUCGAGAGCGUGAUUACAAUUUACAAGUUUCUAUAGAAUAUUCGUCAAUUUCACUAAGAGUGCUUGGAUGAAAAGAGUUCAAAUCGUUAUAUUUUAUUAUUAUAACAGAGUUACGGUAAACCGUAAUGGCAUCAUUUGUGCGUGUAAGUCAUAUUAUUCGGAUUAGUAGGCGACUACAGCUGUAGUCGUGACAUUCGUUCCAUCUGUGAUUUUUAUAAUUUAUUAUUAUUCAAAGAGGUUUAUUUUAUUUAUUCAUACAGCAUUUCAAAGAGUUAGGUUAACUUAAUAUGGACAGAGAUAUUAGUAUCGGUGAUAUUCUGAUUUUAAAAAACGUGAUGGAACUAUUAGAUAUGUACCACUCACGUCCAGUCCUUUUAAAUAUUUAUCGGAAGUGUGUUGAAAGUUGUUUGAAUGAGAGUAUAAUAUAUGUAAGUCAGACUCGACACGUCGUUCAGUCGUUGAUAUUGUUGUUUUCUAAUAGAAAUGUUGAUAUUAUAAUAUAACAUUGUGUGUUGUUGGGAUUUUGUAAAUAAUCAUUACUAUAUUGUUAAAUGUAGAUUUAAUUUUAGAUUUAAGUAGUAUUUAUUAGACACACUCACACAUGCGCACUCACAUAUUUAUAAAUAAUAUACACUUUUACUAUGUAUAUUGUGCUUAGUUUAUAAUGUUAGCUUUAAGAAAUUAUAUUAGGUACAAAGGUGAUACAGAUCAAUAUAGUGUGAUUUGUAUUAUUAUUUAUUAACAGUAAUCAUUAUGGUCGUAAUUAUCAUAAUUUUACUACAACGGGCGAUUUAGGCAAUUGUUAUUUUUUAAAUAUUUUUUUUUUUUACUUUUAUAAUCAACGACAGUUGUAAUACAGUAUUACACCUAUCCGAACAUCGGUGUUUUAAAAUUUCAUAUGCUUCGAAUGAAAAUUAUUUUCUUUUUGAAACCUUUCUGCGAAGUAUUUCGGAUAUUAUUUUGAUGUAUCGGACUGCAGUACCUAUAAUAAUACGGUCGUAUUAUAAUAUAUUAAUAGAAUCCAAUGUAUCGGAAGGUCGACUGUAUUACGCUGAAUGCACAUAUUUUUAUAUAUUGACAAAUUGUGUACAUAAACUUACUGUAAAGCAAUAUUAAUUUAGGUAUACCUAGACUAUUACAGUUUCUUAAUUUUUGAUGGUGGAAUUCCUAGUUACACAAAUUUCAUUAUAAACGAAACGAAGCUUGUAUAUAUAAAUAUAAUAAAGAAAAAAAGUACCUCAUACCAAAAGUCUUCUAAAAUAUCGUCUUGAUGGCCGUAGUGAUGAGCAUAAAAAUGUUGACGCGACGCUGAAAGGUGACGAGCAGGUACCCACGGGGCCCGUGAAAUCAUUUAGAUUACAACUGUUGAGGACCUCGAAAGGCUUCAUCCCAAAGAGUUUAUAACCCGCGAAGGACCAAUUAAACAUUGAUGUACAGGUCUAACGAUUAACGGCACUGCUUGUGGUAUAUGGGCUCUCAUUAGACAAUAAUAUAUAUUAUGAUAUAAAUAGCGUGUAAAUAAAAUUAUAUAUAGUUGUUUUUUUUUAAAUAUAUUGACGAAUAGGAUUGUGUAGAGUAAUAUUAUGUAGUAUUUAAAAUAAAUCACUUUCGGGUCGGGUAGUGAUAUCCUAAAACAUUUUUUUUACCUCAGUGGAUGGAAAUAAAUUAUUUAUAUAUCAUGUUAAAAUAUACGAUAGUUAUUUAAGUACGAUUAAAGUCUAAAAA